AAAUGUCCACUUCGGCAAACAAAUCCAAAGCAUUUGCUAAAUUCAAAAUUGUAUUUAUUGGCAACCAAGCCGUUGGUAAGACAUCAAUCAUUGCUCGAUUCGUUUAUGAACAAAUCCCUUAAUCACAUCAAGUAUCCCUCAAAUUGUGAUAAUAGCCUACUAUUGGAAUCGACUUUCUUUCAAAAUGCAUUUAGGUAGAGAAUAAAACAGUAAGAUUAUAAUUAUGGGAUACUGCAGGAUAGGAGCGCUUUAGGUCGUUGAUUCCAUCUUAUAUAAGAGAUUCCCAUGCAGCCGUCCUAUGUUAUGAUGUUUCAAGUAUUAUUUAAAUACAUAGUUUAGAUGCUCAGUCAUUUACAGAUAUCAAAUCAUGGCUUGAAUAUGUAAGAGAAGAAAGGGGAUCUGAUGUAGUUGGUGUACUCAUAGCUAAUAAAAUAGAUAUAGAAGAGAGGUUUUAGAAAUAAUUAAUUUAAGAGUUGUCACAACAUAAGAAGGUGAAAAGCUUGCAAGAGAACAAGAAUUACUGUACUAUGAAGUCUCUGCUAAGGAGGGAACCAAUGUCUAAUAAACCUUUAAGAAUCUUGCCUUGAAACUCUUAGGUCCUAUCCAAGAUGUUGAUUAACCAACAACUUUAGGUUAAUUAGAUGCUAAUCAAGUUUCCCAAUCCACUAAUUCUUACAACAUUUCAUUAUAACCAUAAAACCAGCAAACCAAUUAAACAGAUUAGUAGAAAUGUCAAUGUUGA